AUGACUGCUCAGUUCUCGAAAAAGUCCAUUGAGGAGCUAUAUCAGUCCUUAAAAGAAAUUACACAGGACGAUGAUAUCCAGCUUUUCGAAAAUAAAAUAUCAAAGAUAGAUUUAUCCAAUGAAAAUGAACUAGACGAUUCCACCAUAAAGGAAAUUUUCCUGAAGCCAAGUAAUCAGCUGUCCUGGGAUCUAUUAGACCUGGUACAAUCCGUACCUGAGACCGACUUUCUCGAUAAUUCAAGGAAUUCCUACGACUAUAAAUCUUUCCUAACGAUUCCAGAUUAUAUUUCACGAUCUUCGUAUUAUUUCAAAAGAAAAGGUCUUGACGGCAAAAUUGCUAGUUUUAGAGAAGAGGUUUCUUUAAAAGAGAUAGCAAAUGCAAAUGCAUCCAACUCUUUAUCAUCUAGCAGAAAUUUAACUCAUCAUGGUAACAAAAUAAGAGGUUCAACGAGUCAAUUACCUUUUACGCCAGGCGGACUGGCAAUGCAAAAAUCUAUGCAAGUCUCAGAUCCCUCUCUCAAUAAUUCUAAGGAGCUGCUACCAAAGGAUGCGAAUGGUUUGUUCAAUGUCCCACCAGGCUUCAAGAGAGGGAUAAUACCAAGUGAAGAACCUACUCUGGUAGAAGUUGAAGAAGACUUUAAACACUUAAAUGAAUUUGGCAAUGAAGCUGAGAUCGAACAAGAAAUACUUGACAGGAGGAGAAGGGAGGAAGAACUAGCUGAAAAAAAUCUAUCUGACAAUAUUAUGAAGAGAUCAAUGGGUAAUGCACAUCAAGAAUUAGCUGAGAUAGAUGAUCUAUUACCAAUGGAUAUCGACUUUGGUAGAUCCGUUGCCAAGGUUAACAAUUUACUGAAGAAAAAAGAGUGGGCUCACACAGUUGAUCUUAACCAUAAAAUCGAGAAUUUUGAGGAAUUAGUACCAAAUCCUGCGAGGACGUGGCCUUUUGAAUUGGAUACCUUCCAAAAAGAAGCUGUUUAUCAUUUAGAACAAGGCGAUUCAGUAUUUGUAGCUGCCCAUACUUCUGCUGGUAAAACAGUAGUUGCCGAAUAUGCCAUUGCGAUGGCCAAAAGAAACAUGACCAAGACAAUUUAUACUUCUCCUAUCAAGGCACUUUCAAACCAGAAAUUCCGUGAUUUUAAGGAAACAUUUCAGGAUGUUGAUAUUGGUCUUAUAACUGGUGAUGUACAAAUUAAUCCAGAAGCCAACUGCUUGAUCAUGACAACUGAAAUUUUAAGAUCCAUGUUAUAUCGUGGGGCUGAUCUGAUAAGAGACGUAGAAUUCGUUAUAUUCGACGAAGUGCACUAUGUGAAUGACCAAGACCGCGGGGUUGUUUGGGAAGAAGUCAUUAUUAUGCUUCCUCAGCACGUGAAGUUUAUUUUGCUAUCUGCUACCGUACCAAAUACGUACGAAUUUGCAAAUUGGAUAGGUAGAACCAAACAAAAAAAUAUUUACGUUAUUUCCACGGCUAAAAGACCAGUUCCUUUGGAGAUUAACAUUUGGGCUAAAAAUCAAUUAAUACCUGUGAUUAAUCCACAUAGAGAGUUCUUAGAUGCAAAUUUUAAGAAACAUAAAGAUUUAUUAUCCGGUAAACCAGAGCUACCAGGCCAACAAAAUUCAAACACGGGUAAGAAUCAAAGGGGUGGGCAAAGAGGUGGACAAACAGGAGGACAAAGAGGUGGACAACGUGGGGGCCAACGUGCUGGGUCUCAAAGAGGAGGUUUACAGAGGGGUGCUCGUGGCGCUGGUGCAGUCGGAUCCAAUAAAAGCCAAUUUUUCAGAAGAGCAGGACCAAAUAAAAAGACUUGGCCCGAUCUAGUCAAUUAUCUAAGAUCGAAGGACUUAUUACCCAUGGUUGUAUUCGUAUUCAGUAAAAAACGUUGUGAGGAAUAUGCAGAUUGGCUGGAAGGUAUUAACUUCUGUAAUAACAAAGAAAGAUCUCAGAUCCAUAUGUUCAUCGAAAAUUCGAUAACUCGUUUAAAAAAAGAAGAUAGGGAGCUACCACAAGUUUUAAAGGUCAAAUCUUUAUUGGAAAGAGGUAUUGCAGUCCACCAUGGUGGGUUGCUGCCUAUUGUAAAAGAAUUAAUAGAAAUUUUAUUUUCAAAGGGUUUUAUAAAGGUACUUUUUGCAACAGAAACAUUUGCUAUGGGUUUGAAUUUACCUACUAGAACUGUGGUAUUCAGUGAGAUCAGGAAGCAUGAUGGGAACGGUGUUAGAGAUCUAACUCCUGGUGAAUUCACUCAAAUGGCUGGUAGAGCUGGUCGUAGAGGUUUGGAUAAAACUGGUACAGUAAUUGUAAUGGCGUAUAAUGAGCCGUUGCCUUUAUUGUCUUUCAAAGAAGUGACUUUAGGUGUUCCAACCAAACUGGAAUCACAAUUCAGGUUAACAUAUAACAUGAUUUUAAACCUUCUCAGAAUAGAGGCCUUGAAAGUGGAAGAAAUGAUCAAAUAUUCUUUUAGUGAAAAUACAAACCAAACGUCUCACCCUGAGCACCAAAAGAAGAUCAAGGACUUAGAAGGUCAAUUAGAAAGCGUGAAGGACUACGACUGUGAAGAUUGCGCGGAAGAUCUUGACAAACUUUUGGAUCAAAUAAUGAAGUAUAGAGAAGUAACCGCAGAUAUGAUGACUGAAUUGACAAAAACGGAUGCCAUAUUUAGGGUUAUCAGGGCUGGUACCCUAGUAGUUUUCAGGGAUAAGGAAGAAAACCAUAGAUUAGGUUUUGUAUACAGAAAUUCUGUUAAAAAUGGAAUUGCCGUUAUUAUGGUUAUAACAAGGCCAAAUACAACAUCUACGGACGAACCAAUCUACAUACCAUAUUUGGGCAAUAAAACCGCAUUUGUCAAGCGUAUCUUUAACAAGUUUGAAACUGAACCUUUUUACAUGGAGGAAGUUCCAUUCACAUCUAUCGAGCUUAUUACAAAAUAUCUUCUAAAUGUUAGUUUCACAGAAAUAAUGAACAAAGAGCCAGAAGCUCUUGAGAAAUUACAAGAGGAAAUCGAUAUUUUAAUAAAGUUUUCAAACCGCUUGAAAGAAACAAAGUAUAAAGCUAGAGGUAAUUUGAAAGUGCAUCAAGAUAUUCUCGAAAGGGAAAACAUUUCGGAGGAACUCCUGAAAAUUAAGGCAACCAAGUGCUCUAAACUGGCACUUCAUUUAAUUCCAAAGUAUAAGAAGCUGGAUAUACAAAAAAAAAUCAAGCAGCUUCAUCACUUGAUGUCGGACGAGAACCUAAAUUUGUUACCAGAUUACGGUCAUAGAUUGGAUGUGUUACAAACAGCAGGUUUCAUUGACGAAACGCAUAAUGUUCAAUUGAAAGGUAGAGUAGCGUGUGAAAUUAAUUCUGGAUACGAACUGGUCAUUACAGAGCUAAUUCUAGAUAAUUUCCUGGGUGAUUUUGAGCCAGAAGAAAUUGUGGCAUUGUUGUCAGCAUUUGUCUAUGAAGGCCGCACUAGAGAAGAAGAACCCCCAAUUGCCACACCAAGGCUUGUUAAAGGGAAGAAGAGAAUAGAAGAAAUUUAUCAAAAAAUGCUGACACUCUAUGAAAUAUGCCAAGUUCCUUUAACUCAAGAAGAGGCCGAGUUCCUAGAAAGAAAAAGAUUUGCUCUUAUGAAUGUUGUUUACGAAUGGGCACGUGGAUUAUCCUUCAAGGAAAUUAUGAACAUCAGUCCAGAAGCCGAAGGUACAGUCGUUAGAGUUAUCACUUGGCUGGACGAAAUAUGUCGACAAGUUAAGGCAGCUGCAAUUAUCAUCGGUAAUACAGCUUUGCACAUGAAAAUGAGCAGAGCUCAAGAGUUGAUUAAAAGAGAUAUUGUCUUUGCUGCCAGUUUAUAUUUAUAG